AUGUCUACUGGAGCACCCAAGAAAGAGUCAAAUGACUCUGAGAAACAAUUUCAAAGGCCACCUUUUGAACCAUGGAAAGAUUUGAAAAAUGGUAUACGAUACAUGCUGUGUGAUACCAACGCUAAUAAGAUUAUAAUGCCAUUGUUGCUUAUGUUGGAAUCUGCUGCUUUGAAAUUGAUAAUCGCUAAAGUUCAGUACACUGAAAUCGACUAUACUGCUUAUAUGGAACAAAUUGAUAUGAUUAAAAAUGGUGAAUUGGACUAUUCUGAAAUAAGAGGCGGAACAGGUCCAUUGGUGUAUCCAGCUGGUCAUGUAUGGAUAUACAAGAUUAUGGAUAGUUUAACAAAUGGUGUCAACGAUAUUUCUAGUGGUCAACAAGUUUUCAGGUAUUUAUAUUUGUUAACCCUACUGAUCCAAUUCAUUACAUACUAUCAAUUGCAACUACCGCCAUGGUGUGUUGUAUUGGCUUGUUUAUCCAAGAGAUUACACUCUAUCUAUGUCCUUCGUUUGUUUAAUGACUGUUUUACAGUCCUAUUUGUAUCGUUGGCAAUCUUACUAUUUGUUGUUUGCACCAACAUUAAGAGUUAUCCCUUGAGAUAUGCAAUCUGUGCAUUGGCAUCAAUUUCAUACACUAUUGCUAUCAGCAUCAAGAUGAAUGCAUUGUUGUACUUUCCUGGAGUGUUGGUAUCGAUUUUUAUUCUCACUGAUGGGCAUUUGAUAAACUCAAUCAUCUGCGGGAUGCUAAUCGUUGUAUGGCAAAUAAUAGUUGCCAUACCGUUUUUAAACAGUUAUCCUACUGAAUAUUUCCACAGUGCAUUCAAUUUCAGUAGACAGUUUAUGUUUAAAUGGAGUGUAAACUGGCAGAUGCUCACAGAAGAUGGGUUUAACGAUAAAUUAUUUCAUUCAUCAUUAUUAUUUUCUCAAUUACUUUCAAUCAUUACAAUAAUCUUAUCGCAAUGUCCUUAUCUCUUUAAAUACGCAUUCAAUGCGAUUGCACAUCCGUUAACAAGACAAAAUUUUACACAACUGAACAAACAAAGGAUAAUCCCAGUGAUACUGAUCACGACAAACUUUGCAGGUGUGCUUUUCUCGAGAUCCCUGCAUUAUCAAUUUUUAUCGUGGUAUCAUUGGACAAUACCAAUUUUAAUUUCGUGGUCAAAACUUCCAAUUUUUGUAGCACCAAUUUGGUACAUAGCCCAUGAAUACUGCUGGAACUCAUACCCACCAAAUUUAACUGCCAGCUGGCUCUUGUUCUCACUAAACUCACUACUUUUAACCCUGGUAGUCAUGUCGACCAUUCCAAAUUUCACUGACACUCCAGUCAUCUCCACCAAUUCCGGAAAGAAAACAACAGAUAAAGAGAAAAAAAAUAACUGA